AUGUGGAUCAUUAACUGGUCCUCUGAGGAGCUUGCCAUAGGCAAUGUCAGAUUCACCACAUUUGACUUGGGUGGUCACCAACAGGGUACGUACACAUCAUGUCUAAGGCUACGUGCCUGCCUGCUCUGCGCUCUCGGAGACUUACCAUUCUACUUAGCCCGCCGUAUCUGGCGAGACUAUUAUCCCGAGGUCAAUGGUGUCGUCUUCCUGGUAGACGCGAAGGAUCAUGAACGAUUCGCCGAGACAAAAGCAGAGCUCGACGCUCUGCUGGCUUUAGAGGAGUUGUCCAAAGUUCCCUUCGUUAUCCUGGGGAACAAGAUUGACCAUCCCGACGCAGUGUCUGAGGAGACACUGCGACAUGAGCUGGGCUUGUAUCAGACCACCGGGAAGGGAAAGGUCCCUCUGGAUGGCGGCGUCCGACCGAUUGAGGUUUUCAUGUGCUCUGUAGUUAUGCGACAGGGGUACGGCGAGGGCAUAAAGUGGCUUGCACAAUACGUGUAA